UUUCGUCUCCUUACAGGAGUCUCUUCUCCCUCUACCAACCCUCUCUCUCUAUCGCUCGCCUUCUCCAUCCCCAUUCCCCCCUCGGCAAUUUCAAGGUAAUAGAAGAUGGCAGAAGCUGAGGAUAUUCAACCUCUCGUUUGUGACAAUGGAACAGGAAUGGUUAAGGCUGGAUUUGCAGGAGAUGAUGCCCCACGUGCUGUGUUUCCCAGCAUUGUAGGUCGUCCUCGUCACACUGGUGUGAUGGUUGGCAUGGGCCAGAAGGACGCAUAUGUUGGUGAUGAGGCACAGUCUAAGAGGGGUAUUCUGACCCUCAAGUACCCUAUUGAGCACGGAAUUGUCAGCAAUUGGGAUGAUAUGGAAAAGAUAUGGCAUCACACCUUCUAUAAUGAGCUUCGUGUUGCCCCAGAAGAGCAUCCAGUUUUGCUAACUGAGGCUCCUCUUAAUCCCAAGGCCAAUCGUGAGAAGAUGACUCAAAUCAUGUUUGAGACUUUUAAUACCCCUGCUAUGUAUGUAGCAAUUCAAGCUGUUCUCUCACUAUAUGCAAGUGGUCGUACUACUGGUAUCGUGUUGGACUCUGGUGAUGGUGUCAGCCACACAGUCCCCAUCUAUGAGGGUUAUGCUCUCCCACAUGCCAUCCUUCGUCUUGACCUGGCUGGUCGUGACCUUACUGAAUACAUGAUGAAAAUUCUGACUGAACGUGGGUAUUCAUUUACCACCUCAGCAGAGCGGGAAAUUGUGAGAGAUGUGAAAGAGAAGCUGGCCUAUAUUGCCCUUGACUAUGAACAAGAGUUAGAGACUUCCAAGACCAGCUCUGCUGUGGAGAAGAGCUAUGAGUUGCCUGAUGGGCAGGUAAUCACCAUUGGUGCAGAGCGAUUCAGAUGUCCAGAGGUGCUGUUCCAACCAUCCCUUAUUGGAAUGGAAGCAGCAGGUAUUCAUGAGACAACAUACAACUCCAUCAUGAAGUGUGAUGUUGACAUCAGGAAGGACCUGUACGGUAACAUUGUCCUCUCUGGAGGCUCAACCAUGUUUCCUGGCAUUGCUGAUAGAAUGAGCAAAGAGAUUUCUGCAUUGGCCCCAAGCAGCAUGAAGAUCAAGGUUGUAGCACCACCUGAGAGAAAGUACAGUGUCUGGAUUGGUGGGUCUAUCUUGGCAUCUCUCAGCACCUUCCAACAGAUGUGGAUUGCGAAGGCAGAGUACGAUGAGUCUGGACCAUCAAUUGUGCAUAGAAAAUGCUUCUAGAAUGUUUCAGAAUAGGGUUAUUGAAGGAGGAGACCACUGUCACAUUCCUCGGGAAGAAGUGCAUCUUGCAGCUCUUUCAUUCUAGUUUUUUGGUUGUGGUUUCAUGUUAUUAUGAUAUGAUGUUAGAAUGAUGACUUUAAGAUGAGGAGUUUUUGUUUUUCCUUUUUGAAUGUUCCAAUUUAGCAUUAUAUGUCUUUGAAAUUUUACUUA